UUUGUUUUCUCUUUAUGAACAGAAUCGUGACUUUAACAUCAUUUGGGCUUUAAAAAUUAAAGUGGAUAAUUUUUUUAUAUGAUUUCCAGGGUUGGAUCUAUUUACCUCAUUCUUAUUUUAGAUACAUACAUACCAUAGAUUAAGAAUACACGCUAACUAACAAUUAAGGAAGCAAACUUGAUUUUUUCAAUUUAUUAACAACUUUUAUGUUUAAAUUAUUUUACAGGAAUUAUGAAAAUAUCACGUUUAUCUCCUGAUUUUAAACACUUUUUGUUAAUUAAUACAGGAAAUAAUUAUUUUUUACAAAAUUAUUUAUAUAAAAGUUGUAGAAAAUUAAAUUCUCCACCUAUUUGUUAUAUAAUAACAUAAUAACAUUGUGGAAAAAUGUCAAUUAACUGCGCAAUUCCUCAAAAAUUAUAAAAUUUCAAAAUAGUGGAUAUGUUGAAGCCGACAAAGUGUUGAUAUAAGAAAACUUCUGGAAUUACAUUUGGCAGAUUGACCAGAACUAUUGAAGACGUAUAUCAUAUUGCUUUUCUGGCUUUAUUUAUGUCAGGAUGUUUUAUAUUUUGUACUAUAUUAUAUCAGCUAUUACUUGUUGAAAUCGGCAGUAGUGAAUUCUUUUAUCUACUGUUUUUCAUGACAAGUAUACUAACUCAGCAAUCAGUCUUUUGUUGGCUAGGUACAGAAAUGACAGUGAAGAGCGAAAUGGUCCUUCGAGCAGUUUCCAAUAUACCUUUCUGGGUAGACUGUGACCUAAAUUUCAGAAAAACGAUGGUCAUGUUUUUAAUAUCUCUUCAGAAACCUUUAACUAUAUAUGCUGGAAGAAUAAUUCCUUUGUCCAUUAGAGUUUUACUUACAAUAUUUCGUACAUCUUAUUCAUAUUUUACGCUUCUAAAAAAUGUUUAGCUGGAUGAGGAUGAUCGAAUGGUGACACUUUACAAGCUUUAAACUUUCUGCAUUUUUUUAUUUAAUACUUUUUUGUAGUUAUAUUGCUUAUCUGCAUUUUAAACUUCACUACAUGCACACACCAAUACAAUAUAAAUAGAAAAAUUAAAAAACAUCGAAAAUCCAAACCUAAAAACAAAGCAAAGGAGAGGUUAAUAAAAAAAAAUCCAAAAACGUUUUUCAAAGAGUGUAUUUUUAAAAACAUAUGUAUUUUUUUUUCUACAGGAUAUUUUCUAAACAAAAUUUUAUUUAUGAAUUAAAAAUGACUCAGUUCUAGUAUAAAAAUACUGAAAUACCGGGUUGGAAACAUGGGAAAUCCUAUACAAAUUUUGAAUAGUCCGAAUACUUAUUUACAUCUUUUACUAUGCUCUCUGGAACAGCAUGCGGCCCAUCUGGCUGCCGAUUCCCGUUGCGUUCACUACUGCGCAUCGGAAGAAGAUCCAUAUUUUUUUUAUUUAGUCCGUUAAAUUCUAGUAUUGAAUAUAAAUGAAUAACUCUCUAUAGCGCAGCGCGUAAAGUUUCCGACUACGAACCGAUGAUUCACAGUUCGAGACAGGAUCAGGGUAAAAACUUUUUUAUUUUAUUUUCGUUUAUAUUCUGAUAGUAAAGUAUUAAAUAUUUGUUUUUUUGAAUCACCAG